AUGGGCCUCGACUAUGACAUUGACAAAGAGACCCCAGAUCUCAGUGGGAAGACCUUCUUUAUUACUGGAGGUACUGGAGGCCUUGGUGCAGAAACGGCUCACCAUCUAGCCAGACACAAUGCCAAAGAUGUCUGGAUCAGCGGCCGUAAUGCAAAGAACGCCCAGAAGGUCAUUGAUAAGAAUAUAGCGUCGGGCUCCAAGACCAAUGUCACGUUUAUCAAAUGUGAUCUCGCCUCGCUAGCAUCAGUCAAGCGCGCCGCAGAGGCCUUCCUUGAGUACUGUCCUGAGGGCCCCGACGUGUUAAUGUGUGUCGCCGGUAUAAUGGCGACACCACCAGGUCUCACAGCCGAUGGCUACGAGGUGCAGUUUGGGACAAACCACCUCGGACACGCACUUCUGAUCAAGAAACUCCUUCCUUUUCUGCAGGCCAAGGCCACGCAAGGAAAGGAUCCACGUAUUGUGAUUCUUACCUCCCAGGCCUGGAUGAUGCAUCCGAGGGGUGGUAUUAUUUUUGAUAAGUUGCGGACAACGCAAGAGAGCAUGUUAAUGGGGACUUGGUUCCGGUACGGACAAAGCAAAGUUGCGAAUCUGAUCUAUGCUCGUGAGCUGGCGAGGCGGCACCCUGAGAUUACCACGGUAUCGAUCCACCCUGGUGUCGUCUUGACGGAUUUGCUGGGCACCCUGAGGCCGCAGCAUAGAGCGUUCGUCUAUGCUGCCUCUUGGUGGCAAAUGUUGCAGCCCCACGAGGACGUGGGCGGCUACUACAGCGAAAGAGAAUUUGGUUCCGGGGGAUACUACGAGCCGGUCGGCAAGCUAAAGAAUAAGUCUUUGGAUAGCACGGCAACGGACGAGGCGCUCGCGACACGGCUUUGGGAUUGGACUGAGGCAGCGCUCGAGGGGUACUAG